UGUAAAACAUUUAGUAUAUAGCUAAUAUAGCUAGCUUAUAGCAUAUAAUAUAUAGACGUAACCUAGCUCCCUUCCAAUUCCUCACUCUGUACACAAACCACUUCAUGAUCAAGUUAGCUGUACAGUAGUAAUACAGAGCUUAAAGAACCAGCAUAGUCUACCACCAACGAGAUCAAGAAAGAUGUCACAGGCAUCAGGAGGUGAAGAGCUUUGCCAAUGUGUAAACCCUGCUUGUACUACAUCUGUGCCGCUUUCUGUUGGAAAAAAUUUUAACGUGUGUCCAUACUGUGAGGUUGGCCUGACAACACCCAGCAAAUCAGCUACUGCCUGCCUCCCUCUGCAGACAGCAACAGAUGCUGAGCUAGAAACAAGUACAUCGAUAUUGAGUCCAAGACCUAGUCCUUGCGAAUCUGAGAACUUUCCCCACUUGGCAGGAGCUGAACGCCUAACCCACCCUCUCUCUGCUGAAGGAAUCAUAGCAGUGCAACCUGAUGUUGGAACUACUGGUACUGAGACAGAAUGUACGACGAAAAAUACCGAAAAGCCACCCAGUUUACCAGGAGAAGAAGUCGCACAAGGCCCCUCCAUUGAAAAUCUCGCACAAGAACCCCCCAAUGACCCACCUAGUCCACCAGGAGAACACCUCACACGAGACCAUACCAAUAACCUUAGUCCUCUAGGUUUAGCAGAGGGUGAUACACAAGAGGCAGGUACUGUGGAGGUUGGGAGCAGUGAUCAAAAUGAAGCUUCUCUUGAGUUCCUACAUGUAGGGAUAGCAACACCUGAAGCGGAUACUGAGCAACUAACAAGUACAUUGAACCUAGACACAGCGUCUCCUAAACUUGGUGAAUCUGAGAACUUUUACUACCUACCUGCUUUAGCUGGAGCUGAACACCUAAUUCACCCUCCCUCUGCUGAAGAAAUCAUGGCAGGAAAUCAAUCUGAUGUUGGAGCUACCGAUACCGAAACAAACAAUGAAAGUACAAUGGAAGACACCCAAAGCCCAUCCAGGGAAAAGCUCACACGAAACCACUCCAAGGACGCACCUAGUCCAUCAGGAGAAAAACUCACACAAGGCUUCUCCAAUGACCCACCUAGUCUAGGAGAAGAGGGUGUCACACAGGUAAAGGCUAGUACAGAGGAAACUGGUAUCAGUGACCAAAAUGUAAAUUCUCCCGAGUUUCCAGUGACAGUAAUACCUAAAGCAGUUGCUGAGCUAGUAACAAGUACAGACAUAUCGACUGUUAGACCUAGUCCCGGUGAACCUGAAACAGCAGAAACGUUCACUCACCCACCAGUCUUAGUUGGAGCCCAACGCAUAAUUCUCCCUCCCCCUGCUGAAGGAACCGAAACAAUGAAUCAAUCUGAUGUUGGAGCUUCUGGUACCGAGACAAGAAAUGAACAGCAACAAAAUGCAACCAAAAUAACUCAAAACCCACUGAGUUUGUCAGGAGAAAACCGCCUCUCCAAUGACUCGCCUACUCUUGGUCCUCCAGGCUUAGCAGAGCAGUCAGAAGGUGCUGCACAGUUAGAGGCAAGCGCAGAAAACACUGGUAACAGUGAUCAAAAUAUAACUCCAGAGGUUGUCAUUGACACUACGGGAUCCAUACCGAAUUCCACUGAUCCAACUCCAGCUACCUGUGAAUACUGUGAUAAGAACAUUCCCGAUCCUAGUGUCAGGUACUGUGGAAGUUGCUCCCAUUCUACACAGAAGAAAGACACAGAAGUUGGAGUGUCUGAUAAUGAACAGAAUCAGCUUGGUCCCCCUUGUAAUCAUUGUGGAAAGAAUUUGAAUGUUGACCCUGCUGCACAUACUUGCCCCUUUUGUGGAACACAAGAUAGACAAAGAUGGUUUGAGAAACAUAACGCCGAAUUGAACUCUAGCCAGCGUAUUCUUUCUCAUCAGCCUGUCUUUGGACCCUCUGCUAAAAUCAACCCUUCAUUUCAUGCAGAAGCCCACUUGCAAAACACUGCUGCUGAGCCUAGCAAUGACCAAGUGAGACUUGGUGAGCCUGUGCAGUCUGUUCAACGGAAGAGGACUGUUAGUGAUUCAUCACUUGGAGAAACGGUCAAGUACCCUAAAGUUGACGGCAGCAGCUGUAUGGUAGUAUCCAAGAAUGACCAGAAGGUGGAUGAACUAGCGAAAGAUAUACCACCAAAUGACCUGGCUCCUACAAAGGAUUCAGAUGCGGACGGUAGCAGCAGUACAUGUAACAAUAUGAAUGAUCAAGCCGAAAAGACACAUACAGAAAUCUUGUAUAUUAAAUCAAAGAAACCAGAAGAUCUAUUACAUGCUCAAGGCCGUAAACCGAACAAAGGCAAGCCUACCAAAAAGCUCCCAAAGUCAGCUGAAUCAAGACAACAUGAAGUAGCAGAUAUAAGGAAACUACCUGGCUUGACGGAUAGUCACCAGCCCUUUGAAGUUGUCUUCCAUGUCAUUAUUCCCAAGCCACACUGGGAGUGGGACAAAAGUUCCAAAGUGUUUCUCCGAUUUGGAUGUAAAGAACUUGGAUCUUGGGAACUAAAUGUUGGCCUGUUUCAGGAGAGAGAUAUUAAUGAAAUGUUUUGUGAGUUGACAUGCCGCCUGCAAAUACAACAUGACCUCUUGAAAAAGUGUAUCCCAUAUAAGUAUGCGGUUUUUACUCCCAAGACCUUAAGUAAAGCAUGUGACUACUUCGAGUUUCUUCAUGAUAUACCCCAGCAUAGCGGAAAAUUCUUGAAUCGCUUCCUUCGACUCGACCAAGAAGACUUGAAGAAGGCAAGUAAUAGAGGAACCUAUCAUCAAUAUGAUUCAAUGGCAUUUCCAGAAUACGUGCAUGUUUCUACUGGUGUGUUUGAAACUUUUGUCACUGGUGCCGCCAACAAAAUGUUAUCUGUUUUUGGAUUCAAGUCUGGAGAAAGUGUAAAAACCCCCGAAACUUUAAAAGUUCUCCAUAAUUCGGAUAUGAGAUAUCAGUGCUUUCUGUUGUACCUAGAAAAGUACAAACACGUGUUCUCAAUUGAGUUUUCACAAGAAAUACCCCUCGACAGAGUUGUCGAGGACGUGCAACAUAUAUUUUCGUCUUUUGCUAAGAUUAAGGUCACUUACUGUGCCGAUCGAAAUGCUAAUGGUAGACUUGUCUCUAUAGAUAGAGAACUACUACCAUUGAGGAAGCGUUUUCUUGACUGGCUUCAACCUUCUGUUGAGCACCUUCACACUUUACCUCCUGAGAAACAACUUGCACUAUCAACGUGCUUAGCUUGGUGUAUUAUCAAGCUUGAAAUUCCUCCUAAAUUGAUUGAAUUUGCUCCAUUAAUUUUAGAGCAUCUCUGUGCUAAGCAUCCUGGAACAGAGCCUCAACAGUGGGUAGAAUUCAACUACUUGUGUCACUACACUCCUAAACAAUGCAGACCGCAAUUAGCUAUAGCGCUCCAAAGGUUCAUAGUCCAGACUAUAAACAAAGGAUCUGGCAUUGAGCGGCUGUAUCCUAUGCCAUUGUGCAACUUCCUGAGUGGCUCCUCUCAGCCUUAUGAUGACCUGUACUCCAAUGACUGUGAUAUGCUGUUUAAGAAUUGGAGUCAGCUUUCUCAAAAAUUCAAACUGGUGGACGUGCGAGUGGCAGCAGCAAAGAACAGAAUGCAUUGUUAUGUGAAGCUGUUUUUCUCUCAACUGGAGGAGAUGUUUGAGCUUGAUCCAAUGGUGCUCCAAGCAUUUGUCUUCAUUUGCCCGGAGGCAGACUUGCGUGCACUGUUUGAGAAGAUCCUGCCACAUGUGUCCACCGCUUGGCUUAUAUAUAUUAUAGGAGAUCUUAUCCAACAGGAUUUGUCAAGAGAAAAUGCGAGUAAAUUGGUGUCUUGGAUCUUUACAAUCAACACAAAAUUGACAAUUGAUGUUUUUCGAAGGUACUCUCGGAACCUGUUUGUAAUGAUCAACUCAGCACUGUCCUUCUUUAAUAGAUGCACAAUCAUUCUCUUAGCACCCUCUGAACAGUACAUGGACAUAAUUAAUGUGUCUCUUUCUCUCGUCUUCAAGUCAAUGGCACUCUACAUUGAAGUGAAGGGAGAGAAGAGUUUCGACGAUUUACACAAUUCGUUAGCGUCUGUUCGUGACAGCUUACUGAAAUGGAUUAAUGAUUAUCGUGUAAUUGGAGGACCUUUGUUUGGAAAUGGACUUACGUAUAGGAUACGAAAAGAUUAUAUAAUCCUGCCAAAAUGUGAUUCUGAAAUAAAAAUUUGGAGAUCACUGCUAACUGUCGGGUGCUCUAGUGCUCUAUUGACUGAGAAGUGGCAUGGAAUUGUCCGGGAGAUACUUUCGAAAAGGGUGGACCAAGUUCCAAACUUUACCACAAUUCAACUCUUGCCUCUUGUGGAGGACAACUGUGAAGAACACCAAGUACUGACUGACGUGAUUAUGAACGCAGCAAUCAAGGCUGCUGAAAAUAUGCUAUUGAGACCGUGUGAAAGUGCAACAGAAAGCUUCCAGCAGAUAACAACAAAUCACUCGCGUCCAUUGGGGAAGGUUUUGGGAACUCUUUUGACAAAAAAAUACUCUCAACUGACUACGGAAGGUGUGGUAAAUGACUGGAUUACACUGGAUGUCUUACUUGAAUGGGAUUUGUGGCCAAACUAUGUGAAAAUUGUGCAACAAGUUGGUAGUCCUCUCCAUGCUGGUCUUCAGCCCGAGUGUCAGAUUGCAUGUGUUUGUGCUGCAACCAAAUUUGAGGAAGUAUGUACUCAGCUUCAGGAAGGGAGUAUCAGCUUGUACGACCUCGAGAAAAUUAAGACUAAAAGAGUACGAUUAAGUAGGCUAUGUGAAGCUCUAACAUUUCAAACAGACAAGAAUCUUUCUCUCGACUCUGUUGUUGCUUUUAUUGAUAAGAGACUAGACGAGUUUGAGAAGUUUUUGUUACGAAAGCAAGCUUACAUGGAGAUAUGUACAUGGAUGACAGAGUCUAUUAAAGGGAUUACCGCACUGAAAAAAGAGCUUGAGCAAGAUUUUAGAUGCCGAAUGAUCAAAGAUAUCUGCCAGGUGGAAGGUGAAACUCUCAAACUGUCUUGCUUUGAAGAAGCUAAACCACUGGACUCUUUUGUUGACCAUUUUGGUAUUAUGUACAGCAGGAGUUCCAACCUGUUUGUACAACCUCUGAAUCGAAAGAUGAAGCAAUUGCUGAUAAUUCCUGAUGUAACCAUUAACGACAUCUAUUCCCUAGUUUGGCGGCCUGUAUUUGAGGAAUGUCAAAAGCUUCUCGAUGAUCUAGCUACUCACCAGAUUACCCUAGCAACAGUUGACCAUCGCUUAAAGCCCCAUGCCAGCACCUUCAAAGCAGAUAUCACCAAUUUAGUUGUAGGGAUGCACAAGUGCUUAAAUAUUCCAACUGCACCUAAUUAUACUGCACUUCUAAGGGCAAUGUCAAAGAUAGAGGACUAUUGGAGGAUCUGUGAGUACCACGAUGGAGCGCAAGUGUUCCUCCAACUCAAGGAAGUGCUCCAACUGUCUGGUGACUUCGCCCUUAUUCAGAUGUUUGCCUCUAGUCUCAUGUCAUUCAAGAAGGAUGUAACACUAGCUUCCAUUGACUGUAAACUCAUUGCAACUGGCUACUUCUUAAAAGAGAUUUUGGACACACAAUCAAGAAUGGAGUGCCUGAAAGCCUUUGUUGAAAGUCAAGAUAUAAUUGAAUGGCUGAGGAAGUCAACGAAAAGUGUUAAGGACAUCCAGGGGUUUGUGACUGUAGCUCUAGCUACUGCUGCUGGGGGAGAGGAUGAUUUGGCUAGUGACAAGCUCUCUCAUCUCAGAAAUGUCGGUAAUGGAUUUGCCUCCCUUAUUUAUGAUAUCUUACCAUCGGAUGGCUACGUUGAGUUGAUGGAAAGAUGCACUUCACUAUGGGAUUCACUCACAAAGAUUCCUAACCUUCCUAAGUUACUGGUGGAUUGUAACAAAGACGUUCAGUGGUAUCAGUCUGUCAAGGAAACCCAGGGCUCAGUGGAGACAACCUCUUAUGGGCAAAUGAGUAACAUCCUAAAAUAUGGCACGUAUAGAGUUGGGUUUAAAAAAAAUGCUCAGACUGUUCACGACCUUAUCACAAUAACUUUGAGUGUACGUUGCCAGAAUGUAGUCAAACGGAAAUAUUCUUUGGACGAACUUCGAGACCUGGAGAGUAAGUUGGUGCUCAUUUGUGGGAGCAAGGCGGAGAACAAGGCAGAGGUCUACCACUACCUCAAUGUUUUGCACAGUGCCACAAGGAUAGCUGAGCUGUACCUUGACCUGCAGAGAGCUGGAGAGGUCACCUACUCAGAUGUUAGUCUCACAUUUCGAUGUGCUGUCUACAAUGCAGAGCAUCCCGGAGACAAAGAUGUCCAAUUCAAUGAGGCCGGAGCCAAGGAAGAAGUGGCUACCCUACAUAAUUACAUCAAGACCUUGGAUGAAAAAUUGGUUGCUUGGAAACAGAGUGUGGACAAUGCUCGUGGAAAGUACUACGAGCUAAAUUAUUUCACCACGCUUCAACUUCUCCAGCUAAGAAAGGAGCUGGGAACACUCACUCAAACAAAUGUAACACACACUGUGAAACCCAAUGUGUUAAUGCUACUGAAGAGUAUCUCCCCUCAAGUGACCAGUGGGGUGGUAAUCAAAUCACUGCAAGCAACAAAACAGCCUGAGCCAAUGAUAUCUGAGGAUAACGUGGAAGCAGCUACAGCCAUUGCAGCCACUGAAAGUGAAGUAAUAGAAUCCACCUCCUCUUCUUGUGAGAAACAAAAUUCGCAACAGUCUUUGUCUUUAGCCUCAACAAUGCCUUCAUUCACUUGUGAAGAUCUGACCGAGCAUCAAUAUAAAGUGUAUACAAAUUGUGUUAAUUCCCUGGGCUUCUCUGAAGGUCACGUACUGAGAGCUUUCGAUGAGUGUGGCAAGAAGGCGACUAUAUAUGACAUAGAACGAUGGUGUGACAAUAAUGAAGACAGCUUAUCACCGGACGAGGAGUGUAGUGUGGGCUCACUUGAAAUAGAGGAGAUGAUGUAUCCUUAUGCCCCCCAGGAGGACGACUCUGAUUCUGAUGACAGGCUUGGAGUUGUGUCAGUAUCACAAGCCAGCACAGCAACUGCUGCUCAACUAGAGGGGCCAGUUCUUGACUGUAGUCUCCAAAUUAGGACAGUGGUGAUACCGACGGUAGAUGAGAGUCACCCUGGGGUGCUGGAGUUAGUGGAAGCAGGCUAUGACACCCAGGAUUGUGUGGAGGCUGUAGAGCAAUGCAUGGGGGACGUGCAGGAAGCCAUGAAGCUAUUGGAUGCUAGGGAGAGGGAGGAAGGGGAGGAAGGGGCCCAACCUGGAAUGUUUGUGCGGUCCAUAAGCAGGGAGGAGCCGAUGCAACACCAGGGUGCUGUUAAGGCUGAUGGAGAGCAGUUUGUAGAGUACCAAGGUUCUGAUUCCAGUAGCAGCCACUUGCAGCUUGAUCAACUGGGUUUUUUGCUAAAAAAUGUCAGCACCGUUGUACCAGGUGCUGUGGAUGAGAAGAGGAGCUUUGACAAAAGGCUCCUCAAAGCUGGACUACCCAAUCUUCUGGUUACAGCCCCAGACAAUGUCCUGAGAAGUGUACUGGCCCUGUACACUGGAAACCAUGCUCUUCCACUCCCAACACAAGAGGAGGUCCUUCUUUGUACCAGCAAGACUACUACUGAAGAGGUAAGUCUGUUGUGGCGACGGGCUAUCGGUGACCCUGAAUACAAGAGAGUGUUUUGUCUGGCCCAUGCUGAAAGGCUGUCCUACCAAGUGUGUGAUGCUGCUCUCAGAUCACUGCAAGAGCUCUCUCAGGGAAAGACACAUUAUCAUUUGGUGGUGAUAUGUAGCAAGGAGGAUGAGGAUAAGUCGCACAUUAUCUCACGACUACACAAUUACCGGCGACCAGUUGUCCCGACGCUGGUGGUAGAUAAUUGUAGGGAUUAUCUCAAGACACACUUUGUGCACCAUAUGAACAUGGAGUUGGAUGACCAGGCCACACCCACAUUAUCUCGACGAGCCUCCAUAGUGGAUCCUGAAAACUCUUGUGUUCGUGUGGUGUCAUCCACUCGCUCUGGUAUGGGAAAGUCCCUGUAUGUUAAGAAAAAAGCAGCUUCUUUGAAACCGGCCAUGUGUGGCGACGAUAAUUGUGUUACCAUCCCAAUCCAUGGGCCAGUGGUUACAGCUGACACACUCAUGGAUUACUUUAAAAAAUACACAGGGAGAGAUAAUUGCACUAUCUAUCACCUGGACAUUGCCCCACAGGUACUGGCUGAGGUGGACUGUAUUCUGUUCUCACUACUCAUUCUGAGGGGGCUCAGUGACAGCCGAGGGCUAGUGUGGAGGAGUCAUGCCAGCCACCUCUACAUGGUGGAGGUUACCCUACCCGAAGGAACUAGUGCUCAGAGUGAUCAGGAGGGCUUUCAAACUCUCAACCUGCUCAAUCUACUACCUACCAUUUGCUGUUCCAGCCCCAGAGAUGUGGCUCUAGAAAUACAGCAGCAGCUAGGUGCUGAUGUGAUUGGCAUGGACGAUGAGGAGUUCAAAGGCCCCACCAUACAAAGAGUGUAUCAGUACCUCAGGAGGCAUGCAAGUGAGCACAACUUGGACACGUUUUCUUACCAGGACGGAACGUUUGAGGGCAAUGAGAGAGACUGUCUCAAGAUCAUACUCGGCAAGUGUGGUAUCAGAGACCCCAGCUGGGCGGAAAUCCACCAUUUCACAAAGUUUCUGGACAUUCAGCUCAACUCAUGUGAAAACUCAGUGUUCUGCGAUGAGACUCUUGUAGGUGAUGUCAUGUCUGGUCUCAAGGGAUUUGUGGUCAAGUUUAUGAUCAGGAUGUCUCAGGACUUUUCAACUCCCUCUCUGGAAGGAGUGCUGGCCAGAGAUAACCUAGAGGAGGAUGUUCCAUCUGUUCCUGCAGCUGAAGAUGAUAAUGACCAGUUGGAGCAGUAUCAGAUUGUCAUUAGAAGGCAGUGGGAGCAUAACUCCCACCCUUAUAUCUUUUUCAACGAGGACAAAGUGAGCAUCACUUUCAUUGGGUUCAUGGUAACCCAAAACGGCGACCUUGUGGACCCGGUUCAUAAAACAGUGCUGGAGUCCGCUAUUAUGAAACCACAGCUCUAUGAAGGUCUGAAACAGAACAAGGUAAACUUCGAUGAGGACUAUCGCGGGUGGAAGAAGGACCAGAUGAUCACUAAGAUAGCGACUGUCAUGGGAUUUGACUGUCUUGACGAUCCUGAUGACACCUAUGUGCUUACCACAGAUAAUCUUAUAAAAAUGCUGGCCAUCCAGAUGAGAUUCAGAUGUGACAUCCCAGUGGUGAUUAUGGGUGAGACAGGCUGCGGUAAGACAAGGCUGAUCCGCUACAUGUGUAACCUGGCACGGGGCGGUAGGGAUCUCAAGAACAUGCUCAUACUGAAGAUACAUGGUGGAGUAACGGACCUAGACGUCACCAAUUUUGUGGAGUAUGCUGAAGAAACAGCUCAGACCAACAAGGCAGUUGACCCCAGGUUAAGCACUGUGGUGUUCUUUGACGAAGCCAACACCACUGAGAGUAUUGGACUCAUUAAGGAAGUCAUGUGUGAUCGGAGAGUCAAUGGUCGACCAGUUUCCAAAGAUAUUAAUUUCAUAGCCGCCUGCAACCCAUACAGAAAGCAUUCAGAGGAUAUGAUUAGAAAGCUGGAAACUGCUGGUUUGGGCUUCUAUGUGAGAGAGACUCAACAGAAGCUAGGUAAGAUCCCCCUGCGUCAGUUGGUAUACCGUGUGCUGGAGCUGCCUCCUAGUAUGUGCCCUUUGGUCUAUGACUUUGGCCAGCUUAACACAGCUACUGAAUAUGACUACACCCGUCAGAUCGUCAUGGACCAUAUACGCGGACACCCCUUGCUGUGCAAUGAGAGUUCUGACGUCAUUAUAGCCAUAUCAACAGUACUGGCUGCAUCUCAAAAGUUCAUGAGAAACCAAAAGAAUGAGUGCAGCUUUGUAAGUCUGAGGGAUGUUGAGAGAGCCAUGAUUGUCUUCGAGUACUUCUAUGAGAAAAUGGAAAGUGUGUUUGCUCCACUUAUAGCAAAUAGAGCAAGUAGAGCAGAAGAGGACUACAAUGAGUUCUGUGCACCUCUCAGUGAUAGUGAGGAAGAGUAUGAGACAACAGCUACAAAUAGAGCAGAAGAGGACUACAAUGAGUUCUGUGCACCUAUCAGUGAUAGUGAGGAAGAGUAUGAGACAACAGCUACAAAUAGAGCAGAAGAGGACUACAAUGAGUUCUGUGCACCUCUCAGUGAUAGUGAGAAAGAGUAUGAGACAACAGCUCUUCCCCCUCGUCAUCAGCUCUUGAGCAAUGUCACUAGUGCACUAAUCCUCUCUGUAAGCGUUUGUUAUCAUGCUAGGCUACAUGACAGGUCAUGUUAUGAAAAAUAUAUCGCAACAUGUUUCAAACAACCGCUACUGCUAUCAGGAGGGGCUCAGCAAUUCAGAGAUGAGAUAAGAUGGUGUGAGGAGGGUUUGCUGGACGAAAUGAUGCUUGGCUCUAAUAUUGCUAAGAAUGCUGCCCUGAGGGAGAAUGUGUUCAUGAUGGCUAUCUGUAUUGAGCUCAGGAUCCCACUCUUCUUGGUAGGAAAGCCAGGCAGUUCCAAAUCUCUGGCCAAGUCGAUUAUUCAAGACUCCAUGCAAGGACCAGGAUCACGAUCACCGGUACUAAGGGAAUUCAAACAAGUGCACAUGUUCUCCUACCAGUGCAGCCAGCUCUCCACUCCAGAAAGUGUUAUAGAAGUGUUCAAGUCAGCUGAGAGGUUUCAAGCCAAUCAGGACACCAAACAAUAUGUGUCGGUGGUUGUACUGGACGAAGUGGGGCUGGCUGAGGACUCCCCUUCCCUGCCCCUCAAGGCAUUGCACCCUCUGCUGGAGGACGGGACCGAGUGGUCGGGUAAUGAUCAUCAGCAGCAGACUGUAGAGCGUGAGAAGAGAGUGGCCUUUAUUGGUAUAUCUAACUGGGCUCUGGACCCUGCUAAGAUGAACCGUGGUGUCAUGGUAACGAGGGGAGACCCUGGGAAGAAUGACCUAAAAUUGAGUGCUGAGGGUAUCUGCUCUAAUAAAGCCAAUGACCCGAUCAGGGAGCAACUUCGUAGAUACUUUGAGCCUCUGUCUAACGCUUAUGUGAAAGUCUGUAACAUUUGUGAGAAACAAAAGAGGCAGUUCUUUGGUCUCCGUGACUUUUAUAGUCUUAUCAAGAUGCUGUACUGGAUGUGUGAGAGGUCAAUGUGUCAGCCCCUCUCUUGGCCCCAGAUGGAACAUGCCAUACGUAGGAACUUUGGUGGACUAGAGUCAGAAGAAAUAAAUCCUUUAGAAGAGUUUCGUAACGCCAUUGGCUACAUAGAAGACAGCCAAGACUUCACUGGGCCGAAUGACGAGAUGAUGUCGAUAAGGAACCCUGACUGUAGUCGACUGGGGCUAAUUAAGACCAGCCUUAACACCAAGGACACUACCUGGCAUGGUGAGAAUCGCUAUCUGCUGUUCCUGACUGAGAACUAUGCUGCUCUGGACAUUCUGAAGCAUUACUUGGGAGUGGAAGGGGUGAAUAAUUCAGACCUCACCUCACAGCCGUACAUCCUCUUUGGUAGCAGCUUUCCAAAGGAUAAAGAGUACACACAAGUUUGCCGUAACAUUAAUCAAAUCAAGAUUUGCAUGGAGACAGGGCGGACAGUCAUCCUUCUCAAUCUGGAGAACCUCUAUGAGAGCCUCUAUGAUGUCCUCAACCAGUACUACAUGGAUUAUAGUGGAGUACGCUAUGUGGACCUGGGAUUGCAGACACACAGGGUCAAGUGUAGGGUUCAUGAUAACUUCAAGCUUAUCCUGAUAGCUGAGAAAGACACUGUGUACAAGAAAUUCCCUACCCCCCUCAUCAACCGCCUUGAGAAACACUUUGUCCUUACCUCCUCUGUGCUCGAAGACUGGCAGAGCAAUAUUCUGACAGUGUUUGAUAAAUGGAUUCAGGAUUUCUCAAAAACAAGUGACUUUAGAGGCAAUCACUUCAGUGAAGCCCAUGCAUUCAUUGGCUACCAGAAGGACACACCUGCAGCAGUUGUGUUCCAGGCCACUAAUCUCUUGAAGGGACUACAACAAAAACAGUCGCUUGUUAGCAAGUCUGAACAACUGCAGAGGGCUGGUAUCAUUGGUGAGGACUUCGCUGACUUGUCCGAGAACUCACCACAGUGGUCUGACUCAGUUCUCAAACUGAGCCAGUUUCUUCUGUUACAAACAGCUGCUGACGAUGCAAUAAUCCGUCUUCGUAAAUCAACCCUGUUACAAGAAGAGAUUGAGUGUCUCACAAGCUGGUAUUUCAAACACCAAUACCACACAUCCAUAGGAGAGUUUCUACAGUAUGAGUGCAGUAACAAUCGCCAGAUGUUCAUGCAGGUCACUACUCACUGUCCACUGAUGACCCAUGAAGAGUUAACCAUAGUAACUGAUGCUGUAGGAAUGAACUUCGCACACUUCGAUCUACAUGAGUUUGAUUCUGAGCUGGACUUCUCAAAUAAAAUAGGCCCCAAAUUUCUUCACAAUGACCCUACACCGUUCCUGUUGAUUGUACAGUGCGACUCAGGCCAUUUGAACUCUGAUCUAAUUGCGUGUGCCAGAUAUAGGGUUUGUGAUGAAGCCAUACGUGCAAACGCUAAAAAUAACCCUAACCCUAACCAUGAUAUCACUCAUAUAUUGUUUGUCAUCCGCCUGCCUCAACAAGAAAUCAAGUCGCAGUUUGUUGGCUUUCAAGGGGAUCCCUGGAUCUCUGUGCACAUUGAUGACUUACGGUCUACUUCUGAGGUUACAGUGAUACCUGAACAGGCACUGAAUGCAUCUAUUAGUGAACUUUUUAUUGGGCGACUAAAAGAGAAAAACGAGGGGAAUGAUGAGCAGGAACUACAGCAAGACAGUAGCUCUCAGUUUGGAAUUGAGACAGGAAGAAAGGACAGUGAAGAUGAAAUGUCUGAUUCUGCUGAGCAUAGCCAGCGCAUGAGUGAUAGUGAUAUCGACAGUGAUCAAGACAUGUCUGGUGAUGGAGAGGGUAUUCCCCAUCUGCCCAGAAUAUCUGAGGUCAACCGAACUGUUCUCAGUGUGGAUGAGGCCAGCAAUAUGAUGAAAGUUGAGGAUGCACAGCUGCACGAUCCUUCACUAAUUGACGUAGACUUUCCUCCUUCGGAAUUAAUGCUGGCUGACAAGUUGCCUAAUGACACCAUGCAAAUCAGGUUAUCUCCAAGUGAUUUGACAAUGGAUAUUGAAAGCAUUUUGCCUACAAGUCCCACCCAAUAUUCUGAUCAUAACAUUUUUGAAUCCUCACUUUGUCCAGUGACUGCUCAUCCAGUUGUUGAAGUUCCUACUCUAGACUCAUUUGAGGUAGAAGAAGUUCCAUGUCAAGAGGAUAAAUUAAUGGCCGAACAAGUGAGGCAAGGAAAGGGUAGUGGAUCGUUUCACCCUCAGCACCACCGCCUGUUGGGCUGUGUGCAAGCUGCUGUUUCAAUGCUUAAAGAUUCUCAGAGGGACAGAGCAAUGCAUAGAAUACAGAAACUCAUGGCACUCAUUCCAAAAAUACAUUCAGAAGAAUUAGGUGAGGCUCCAUUUUACGAUAUUUUGAUCCAGUUCAUCUACUCGGCUCUGCUACAGAGAGAAAGAGAGAGAGUGGACGAGAGAGAAUGGGUGCUCCACGAGGCUAUGAGUGGUAGAAAGCUACAGAAUGGAGGGACAUUCAGAAAUGUCUUGGCUCGCCGUAUCGAUGAGGUCAUUACCCCCUACUUUGCUGAGACCAUUGCUCAUGCUGACCAGAACUGUAACCUUGACCUACUUGAUCCCAAGGACCUGGGUUCUCCUGUAUCAAGGUUGUGGCUGAAUAUAUUCAAGUUCACGGGAGGGAGGAUUGACUUCUCCUCACUAGCGGAGGGAAAGACAACCAUAAGGACUGACUUCCACUGCAGGUUCCCUUUCUCAUGGUUUGUAAUGGACAUGGUGGAUGCCCAGAGAGCUGGCAUGCUAGGUACUGAACAACGCCUACAUUUCUCACUGUGUGAAGCUCUGAGUCUGACUGACAUGGGAACAAUCUUAGGCAGUGUUGAGGAGGACCAUGUUGACAAGCUGUACCAACUAUAUCUGCAUGACUUUGUGCGUUACGUCCACAAAAGUAGUCACAAGAGUGAGCUAAGUGGGAUGGAGUACACGCUGAUCAUGGAUGCCUUGGACACGAUGACCUACCGGAAUGAUUUAUGUUCUGUGGAUGGCCAUGAAUCACUUUCUCGAAAAAUAGUGGCUCUCCAUCUUCUUCAUGGCCAGUGUUCCUCCAAGGUGCUCCAGUUUGGACAGCUUGUACAGUAUAGACCAGGGAUCCUACGCUCCCUAUCUAGGAAGGAUCCAACCGAAAGGACGGGAGAAGAUUUCACUCUUCAUCUGUAUGCUGUGCAAAGAGUUCUAGAAUUGGACCAGGAAGAUGAUGACCCCACAAACCAGUAUCUGGCCGGCCUUAACCCUCCUUUGCACAAACCUAACCAGGGCAAUGUCACGCGGGACCUGCAGCGAUGGUUAAACCAUGUCCGUAUGUCUCAAAAUGUUAUUGACACCAUCCUAAGAUCCAGUUCUGGGAUUGAUGCUGCCUUCAAGUCAAGGCUAAGGUGGUACAGGAUUAGAGCUUUACAGAUAUUUGCUGAGAAGGUGUAUCUCCCUCACUGUAAAAUUGAUGGGAUCCUUUUUAUCAUGAGGAGACUAGAAAUUAAGUUGAAGAAUCACUCAGACUUUCUAAAGAAAGUCACCCUUGAUGAGGUCAAGCAACUCUUGAACAACAUGAUGUUCAAUAAAAAACUCAAGGCAUAUAAACUGAAAAUUAAGAAAAGUUGCAAUCGAUUCUUCAUUGAAGUUGUUUCCAGUUUGUGUUUCGGUGGUGUGGACGCCCCAGAGCCAGAACUCGUCAAAUCGCUGUUAGACACUGUCCUUCAAGACAAUCAAACUAGCAAGCUCUCGCCUUACAAGGAGCAGGAUAAAACUCCUACCAUCAGAUCAUUCCUACUGCAGCUGCUACUGGAACACGAACCGGACCAGGUGAAGCUAUACCUAGACGAGUACUUUCAGCGAUCCAUUGAGGUGAUCAAGGGCCGUGGCAUGGACCAGGGACUCUAUCUGCUGUGCAUUCAAUGCCUCGAGAAUUCUCUACAUAAAAGAGUAAGUGUACUCUCUGCUGACUGCCGAGCUAUUGAAAUCAGAAGGAUAUUAGAGGAGAGCUAUUUAGCCCUGCAAAAUCAUUUACGUACACCCACAGUCCGUUUGCAGUAUCUUGAAGCAGUCGCAGGUGUUCGCUAUUCUCUCUAUGUCUUAGCCCAGAAGCUAAAGAGUGACCAUCAUGUCAACAGCAGUCUUCUCAUAGUAGCCAGAGAUCUUUGCAUGGACACUAGAGUGAAUGUUAUAGACCCCACAGGCAGAGUGGACACUACAGGACCUGUACUCUACCUCAUGAGGCUUCUAGUGAGGCAAUUUGGCUUCACUUGUCUCCAGAGGGUCAGCCAGGCCCAUCCCUGGGUCGUACCCGAGAGUCUGAGGAGAGUGGACAAUGAGGAUAAAUCAAUUGACUUGUCGGUUCUGUAUGAGCUGGGCUAUAAGGAUGUUAGGAAUGCUGUUAACUCGGCAUUGUUCACCAACGAAACAACAGAACUCACAGUGUGUAUGCAGAGCGGGGUUGAGGUGUGUCUGUUAGCCUUUGCCUUCUACCAGAAAGCAACUCUAUCUCGAGCAAGCACAGCACCAGCAGAUCAAAUUCGAGAGGAGGCCCUCCAAACACUAAACACAUUUGCUCAAAGCUACCCAAAUCUCUCACCGGAAAUGCUGCAAGUUCUGCGUCUGCUUUUGGCCAAUCAACAGGGUGGCACCCUACCCCAGAUGUUUGUCUCCCCCCACCAGGCUCAUGCAAGCCUGCACAGAUCCAUCACUGGCCUAGUGGUGCACACUGUUGCAGUGCUACUGAGCAGGGCUAAGACUGAACUACUGCUGCCAUUCUUGAAUAUGCUUACAAAUCCCUCUGUGCUUGAGAAUGCCUACCUGCCUACAAUGUCUGAGGAUAUAUUGCAGGAAGUAAGACAAGCUGGGGGUACCUUUUAUGAAUGCCCCAAUGGUCACCCCUAUCUAGUUGGAGAGUGUGGAAAUCCAAUGGAGCAAACGACCUGUCGUGAGUCUGGGUGUGGGGCAUCUAUUGGUGGUGAGAACGAACGCCUGAGAUCUGAUAACAAGGCUGCAAGAUUGAACGACACAACCAAGACUGGCUAUGACCUAGGUGCCCCCCAACAACGAACUGUCAACUCCGAAAGAGAAAGAACCCUGUCUGCUACAGCAGUGAGCAUUGUCAGGGCGCUCAUGCAUGCUUCCUUCCUCUGGGCUGCCUGCCACGACCAACAGAUGGAGCUCAUUCAGCAAGUAGUCAAGGACGUCAUGGUUGUGCCACAUGGCCUAGCAGAGUUCUUCUGGCUUCAUCUAGAGAAGGACUUGGAGAGUAUGCAAAACAGUACUGGAAGGGGAUUGGAUGAGUGUGUCAUGAUCAUGCAUCUGGUGCUGAAAGAGAUACUGGUAACCAAUCCUCCAGUUUCUGGUGUGUCUGCGAACAUGAACCAACUACAUAAUAAGAAGGCACGCAAUGAGUGGGAGCAGCAGUUAAAUAUAAGCUACAUUGAACCAGUUAUUAAUCAGCUUGAAGUAUUUGUCGCCAAAGCAUUGAAUCUAGUAGCUAAUGACGAUCAACAAGAGCAAGAUCGCCUGUUCCACUUGGCGUAUGAGAAGGUCAAUGUUGAUGAGGGGAAGUUGGAGGCUCACCUCUGGAGCUACAGACCACAGAUUAAUCUGGAGCACAUUAAAAGCACUGUGCAAGCUGGUAAUGAGUGCAAAAUCCUGGACACAUUCCUUCAAAUUGAACCCAGCCUACGAGCUACUCAAUACAUCCCAGACAUUGUAAGACUCCAGCAGUUUAUGUUUGAGACGUUUGACAGACGCUUGGACAAGAGCAAAGCAGAGACCAUUACCAUCAGAGACUUCCUCAAGGAAGUGAAAGAUACAAGGAAUGAAAACAUCAAGAAUGAGUGCAAAGAAAUGAUAGAGAAUCUAAAAAAAGCUUGGGCUCUGGUAGGACAGAAGCUCAAGAACCAUAACCGACUGCCAGUAGAGGAGAAGUAUUUGCUGGCAGAGAUCAAUGACAAAACACCGCUGGUCUACUUAAUCCCCACUACCAUGAGGGAAGGACGCUGUACUACGGCACUUGUUGACUAUCUCGUCCUAACACACAACGACUUCAUUGAGAAGUGCAGGGGGAUUGUGAGUCAAGGGGCAGAGUCUUCUUCGGCAGUGUGGAGAGAGCACAAGGUUCCCAUCACCCAUGUUCAUCGCUGCCACUUGCUGGAGUAUGAGCAGCAUCUACACUCCAUCAUCCUCUCUCACUGUCACUACUCACUUACCAUGGGAAGUGAUCAAAUUAUCAAGUAUGACCUCCCUGCUCUUGAAAAACACGUUCUCAACAGGUUCAUUUAUGGCAAGCCAGUUGUUCUUCUGGACAUUCCUUGUGUGGCUUAUCGUAAGGACAUAUACACUGCAGAAACUUUCCAGGAGAUACGGCGCAAGGUUAAACCACAGAUUCCACUUUGCCAACGUGUCCAGCGAGACAUAGUAACUGAGCUGCGAACUCCUGACAAAAUGAAAGAAUCACUGGAUGUGGUAGACGUUGUCCUUGGGCUACUUUCAUCGGGAGGAGCCAACCAUAAAAUUAGCUUACACAAGUACAUCUUAUCUAGAACAAUGGGCAAAAAGCCAUUUAGUACUAAAGCCAAGGAGCACUGCACACUUGGUCAUGUACUCUCUUUGUGGGAAACAAUCUCUGUGGAAUUGGCCAAGCAGCUAUGGCAUACUGGGCUGGAACCGUUUGAGGGAAUUCCCAAAGGAUACUCUGCUGACCUGUCAACUGAUCAAUUUGAGGAGCUGAACCAGUGCCUGCGGACUUUUGACCUGGCACUUUUGCUAGGGACUUUGUUUGAGUUCAUUGAGGUCCAUGUCAAGCACAUGACUGCCAACGAGGAUAAUUUCCCACUGGUCGAAUCUCUUGUACUCUACUGGGACAGGACAGAACAGAGCCCAAUUAUUCGACUAGAUAAGUUUCCUGAAAGUAUUACAGUACCUCAGGCUGUGGCGACGUGGAAACAUGUCACUGAAUACAAGGAAAAGAAACAUUGACACUAACGUGAGAAAUUUCUAGUAUUAAUACGUAUAAUCAUAGUCAAUUGUAGACGAGUACUUUUAUGAUAGCUAUUGCACAAUUGCAUGCUUAGUUUUUCGUGGUAAUAUUUAGCCUUAUUUGAAAUCUUAAUUUUUGUUGUUUUUGAGUUCUGAUGAAAGCACAGAGUGCACUAAAGUUUA